CCGGAGGAACAAGGCCAACCACGCCCACACGACGCCCAUCCCGACGGCGAACAUCAAGCAGGAGGGCGGGGCGGAGGUGAAGCCCGACCCGGACGCCGCCGCGGGCAACGCCGCGCCCUGCCUCAACGGGGACGACUCGGCGGCCAAGACCACCUCGGCGUGCCCGGGAGACUAGUGAAGGUUGUAACGUUAUUGGUGACGGUGACGGGAAUAAAGUGGCUGGGGUCUGCUCCGGAGUGGCCAGCCUCGAUGGGUCUUCAAUGCACCAGCUGCACCCCUCAGAUGGAGGGGAUGGGAGCGCCUACGGGCCCGGCAUGGGCAAUGUGGGCGUGAAGGGCGGGGCAGGCGCUGGGGUGGCCACCAGCGAUGCCCAAUACAUGCAGCAACAGAGUCAGAUCUUCGUCUUCACGACGCACUUGGCGAACAAGGCAGCGGAGGCCGUCAUGCAGGGCUCCUUCAACACCAUCAUCGCCUUCCACUGCGCGCAGCCCGGCACCAAGAAGCUGCUGGAGAAGCACCCACUGAAGACGACACAGUUCGUGCGCCAGAAUCCUGCCCAUUGGUUCAAUACCUUAGCAAUGAAAGGAAACAAAGGAGGACACGGCAAAGGGCCCAUGGCACCGAAUGGCCCCAUGGGUCCCGGUGGUCCCAUGGGUCCAGGCGGCCCCAUGGGACCCAAUGGCCCCAUGGGAGAGAUGGGGCCCAUGAUGGGUGGGCAGGGCAACGAUGGCAGCAUGAUGGGCCCCGCGGGAGGAAUGACAAGUCCCGGCAUGAUGGGCCCAGGAAACAUGAUGGGGCCCGGGCCGAACGGCGGGGCCGGAAUGAUGGGGCCGAGAGGCGGCAUGAUGGGCCCGGGCGGCCCUGGACCCGGCAUGGGCGGUCCAGGAGGCCACAUGAUGAGUCACAUGAUGGGCCCCGGAGGCCAGAGAGUGCAAGAUGUGUCAACAGGUGUGAAGGUACCUGAUGAUCACUUGACACCCGAGCAGCGCCAACACCGAGAGGAGCAGAUGGCCAGAUUACGUCAGAUGCAAUUGCUUUUGUUGCCCGAGCUGCACUCGCCGAGCCAGAGCGACAGCAACCACUCGGGGCCGCAGCCCUCGUGCUCCGCCGGCUCCAACAGCGCCAGCAUGAUGCCCUGCUCGCAGACGCAGGCACCGACGGCGCAGACCUCCCAGACGGGCCAGCCGGGCACGCAGACGACGCCCGUCACCUGCAUGGGGCCCUCCCCGGUCACUGGGAUGGGGCCGUCCCCAGGAAUGGGCCCCAGCCCGAGCAUGGGGCCUUCUCCUGGGAUGGGGCCCAGUCCAGGAAUGGGACCCAGUCCGGGAAUACCCAAUACGAGUAUGGGCCCCGGCCCUGGAAUGGGGCCACAAGGAGCCAUGGGUCCGGGCCCGGGCAUGGGGCCUGGAAUGAAUUCGGGGCCCGGAAUGGGCAUGUCGCCCGGGAUGAUGGGUCCCGGGGGCCCCAAUACAAUGGUGUCACAAAGUGGAGUGAUGAUGGGCCAAGGUCCCAUGGGUAAUAACAUGAUGAUGACCUCGCAAGCUAACAUGAUGGGCGGCCCUAUGGGUCCAGGUGUUCCUGGGAUGAGAAUGGGCCCCAAUGGACCCCAGUCCAUGAUGAUGGGCGGCCCAAACCCAGCGUCCUCCAUGGCAGCACAGGUGGAGUGGCAAAGAUUACAAGCCGAAUUCUUCGAAAGCAAGAGGAAGAAGGGCGGCCCUGGAUGCGGCGAUAAUUCCAUGGGCCCGAUGGGGCCGAUGGGCCACAUGGGCCCGGGAGGCCCUAUGGGACCUGGAGGGCCCAUGGGACCAGGGGGCCCCAUGGGUCCUGGUGGGCCAAUGUGUCCAGGAGGACCCAUGGGUCCAGGAGGCCCCAUGGGCCCUGGAGGCCCUAUGGGCCCCGGUGGUCACAUGGGACCUUGUGGCCCUAUGGGACCUGGUGGCCCCAUGGGUCCAGGAGGUCCAAUGGGGCCAGGAGGUCCAAUGGGGCCAGGAGGGCCGAUGGGCAUGGGAGGUGGCCCAAUGAUGCCAGGAUCAAUGGGCGGCAUGGGCCCGGCAGGCAUGAGAGGCAUGGGCCCCGGCUCUCGCAUGCAAGGCCCUCCUCCCCCGUACCAUGGCCCGCGCCCUGUGGGUAACGGCCCGCUGCCAUCCCCUGGAUCCCCGUCCAUGUGCGCCAUGACAUCGCCACGCAUGCCUGGAGGAGGCCCAGGCGGAGGGCCCGGAAUGAGAAUGGCUGGCCCCGUGGACUCCCCGCGGCCGCUCAUCCCCAGCAACCCAGCCACGCCCGUGAGCGGCCCGCCCAUCACCAGCCCGUCUUUACCACAGAAGGACCAGCAGCCACACACACCACAGUCAGGUGAUAUGCCAUUUGGAAGACAGUUGCAGAACUUUGCCCAGCAGAAACACCAAGGGGGCCCUAGGAGGGAAGGAACCCAACCUCAUGCCCGUGCCCUCACCUCAGCAGAUUCAGUACCUCAGUACAUUCGAGGGACAGGAGCUCACGAUACAGAAGCAGCCAAACACCAGUCUACGUGAUUCAGAUAUCAUGUCUCCACUUGGGGAUACAAGUGUAGCAGAUGGUAGUCGAAUGUCAGGCCCAACCACGCCUCUUGGGGGCCCAGCAACCCCUCUCACCCCAACCUCGGAAACAGGGCCUCGUUACACAGGGCCCAACACCCCAGACCGGUUUCCUGUGCCAUCCCCGGGUAUGCCAGUGGCUUCCGCACCUCACACUCCACAAGCCACGCCAGAGAACAAAGGGCCGCAACAGCGAUACCCUGGCCCGUCGCCGCAGGGCCAGCAGACGCAGCAGAAUAUCUCCACCUCUACCGCCACAACUCCAACCAACAAUACCGGCGGCGGCGGCCAGAAUGCGCAAGGCGGGCCCAAAACACCGUCAAUGGACUCGAGAUUCCCUGUCCCGUCACCCAAGACUCCGAGCAUGUGCAGUGGACCCACGACUCCUAGCGGACCAGACAAUGUGAACAGGUUCCCCGGAGCCUCGCCUCUCCAGUCUGGUGGGCCAGCUGGACCCACAGGACCUACGGGACCGACGGGGCCCACAGGACCCAACACUUCUUCAGGGCCUACAGGACCCAACGCAGGGACAGACAUGAACCCGAUAGGAGCACGGUUCCCAGGACCAGGUAAUGGGCCGGCCGCAGGCGCAGGGAACAACAACAACCAGAUGAUGAAUAAGAUGGGGAGUGGAUUCUCCAUGUCUCCGAGCAAGAUGGGAUCCAUGGACAUGGGAGGUGACUUCCAUUCCACUUCUGCAGCCAACUUGCCUCUCAACCCCAACUGCAGCACCCCCGGGGGCCUGCCUACCCCUGGCCCCGGUAAAGUCUUCGAUCCUAUCUCGUCCAUGGCGCAGAUGAGUCAGCAGCUGACCUCGGGUGGAUCAUCGCCUCCAGCGUCGUCCGCCCCCACGCCAACCAUGCCCACUGGCACAGGACCCAUGAUGGGUAACAGUGGUCCAGGAACUGGACCUGGAGGUCCUCCAGGUGCUCCAGGUGGUUGUCUUCCUUCUGGACCGAAUAUGCCCAGUGGCCCCGGCAUGGCAGGUGGGCCUCCAAUGUCUACAGCACCAGGAAUGCCCGGAGGACCUGGAAUGCCUGGAGGUCCUGGCAUGCCUGGAGGACCUGGCAUGCCCGGAGGACCUGGCAUGCCCGGAGGACCUGGCAUGCCCGGAAUGCCUGGAGGACCUGGAAUGCCCGGAGGCCCCGGCGGCAUGAUGGAUGGCCCUGGCAAUAUGAUGGGCAUGCCCGCCGUGUCAAGCAGCCCGGGGAUGAUGCAAGGCCACGGGGCGAUGACCUCCCCAGUGAACAGUAGUGGUGGUGGACCUCGAGGAAGUUCUCCAAGCAAUAUGCCCAUCAUGAGUGGGCCAAACCCUCGCAUGGGGGGACCGAAUAACAUGGUGCGGCCCCCUGCUCCGAACUGCACCAUGGCUGGGCCAUAUUCUGGUGCCAAUGUGCAGGUAAAACCCAGUGCCCCUAAUACCAUACAGUACCUGCCUGCCAGACCACAGAACACUGGUAAUGGCCCCAGAGGACCUGUGAGCUUGGACUUUAUACCGAAAUUUAAUAAUCCUAAUGUGGACAGUAAAGUGCCCAAUUCUCCUAUGUUCCCUAACAGUAGUACUCCUAAUUCUAUGUGUGGGCCUAAUGUGCCAAUGUCGACUAUGGCUAUGAGUGGGCCUUGCGGGCCAAUAAGUGGACAUAUGCCUGGACCAAUGAAUGGCCCAGGUGGACCAAUGGGUGGGCCAGGUGGACCAAUGGGAGGCCCAGGUGGACCUAUGUGUACGAUGUCAGGACCUAAUGGACCAAUGGUGAACAUGAAUAACACGAUGAGUGGACCCAAUGGACCUUUCCCCAUGUCCGGACCAGGAGGCCCCAUGGGAGGCCCCAAUGGUCCCAUGGGCAUGGGGCCGAACGGUCCAAUGGGUGGCCACAUGGGAGGUCCAGGUGGGAUGAGUGGACACAGCGGGCCUAUGAUGGGCCCCAAUGGACCGAUGGGUGGACCAAGUGGACCGAUGAUGGGGCCGAACGGACCAAUGGGGAUGAAUCCGAACAUGAUGAGUGGAGGGCCGAUGGGUCCCGGCGGCGGGAUGAUGGGUGGCCCUCGCGGCGGGGCAGGGAUGAUGCGCGGGCCGAGCCCCGGGGGGAUGAUGACGGGGAUGGGCAGUGAAAUGUAUCCCAUGGGGGGGCCGGGACCGGGCAUGAGCGGCGGCCCAAUGCCAACCGGCCCAGGACCCAACCCUGGUGGGCCGAACCAGAUGAUGAGUGGAUCCGGACCCAUGUAUGGCCCCAAGACGUCUCCUGUGGGCAUGAACAUGGGGGGACCUAUGGGUGGUGCGCCAGACGCUGCCCAGCCCCUCCCGCCAUCUAUGGGUCAGUCUGGUAAUUUCAAGAACUCGCCAUUUAUGGGGCCCACUACUGCUGACCCCACCUAUGCCGCCCAGUUCCACAGCUUCCAGCAGCAACUGUAUGCCACCAACACCCGUGGGGGUCCCAACAUGCACAUGCCUGGACCCAUGAGUGGGCCUGGUGGGCCAGGAGGGCCUGUCGUGACAGGGCCACCAGGAGGUUCCAACGUUCCUGGCCCUGGGCCCAUGCCUGGCCAGGGCUUCCCGUUUAACCCCAAGUGAGGCGCGGGGAAAACUACCUCACAGGUGACCUGGUGCUAGCAGCUGCCGCCCAGCACACUCACCACUAUGCAAGUCAACCCCUCCCUCCUCCCCUGCUGGUCUGCCACGUGCCCCCCUCCCCUGCGGCCCCCCCGCCCCCCUGACCAGUGACCCGUGGCGGGUGUGAGGGUCGCCCCCCCCACCCACCCGUGUGCCCGUCCAGUGGUGGGGUCGCCCCCCUGCCCCGCACAGUCCACUCAGUUCUCACUUUUCAGGGCAACUUGUAAGUUUGUAGUUUCAAUACUGUUAACGGGGUGCUUUGUAGUGUAAGUUAUUCUUGCUCUGUUCACCUAUCUAUCCUUCAGUGGUUGUUGACUGCUUGAAGAUUUAUUGCCAGUGCAGUGUUGUGGUGGAACCCAGAUGAUGUGGCGUGGCUCAGGUGUCAAGGAGUGGUGGCCCUGACAACAAACGGUUUGAGCCAGCUGUGCAUUCGCCACACAUUCUGAUGUACUGACUAGACUCUUGCCGGUGGUUCUGGUGUUCCCUCAAGCAGCCUUGAGUGGCUGCUGCUCAGAGGCACAGCCAUUAGAAAGCCACCAGUGCUGUGUGACGGUGCAGCUAAAAGACUUCGUUAUCCUUGUUUUACUGAAGUAAAGUUGUUUUCCUAAACCGACAAUCAGUCUUGUCGUCAUGUGUGUGGGGGCAGACUUUGAUACUCUGCUUGUGGAUUAUGCUGCUGAUGAAACAUUGAACAGCAGAAAAUACAAUAGGCUGGUUGUGCCAUGGUCAUUUCCAGCAUAAAAUGCGUCAUGGAAGGUGCUUCUUCUGCCCCACUGCACUGGUUGAUCAAAAUGUCUACUAUGACAUCAGCAUUGUACAAAUUGUUGAGCCCUCUCUCAUACCACACUUACAUCCACUGCAAUGCAAUAUUCAUGAAUGCAGCUGCUUACUUGAUGAAAGUGAUUUUGUUUAAUGGAUGUAAAGUCCAGGUUAAGUUCAUCCCUUAGAAUGGUGAAUAUUUGUAUGAACCUUCUUUGUAUCAUUGUAAAGUUUGUAUUAUAUGUAAGAAGGUCACACUUCUGAAGCUACGGGCCGACCCUGAUGUUUUGGCAGUAUUUUAGAAUGUAAUUUGAAGGAUGUGAACAUUUUUAUUAUUGACAAAUUUUACAUAAAAUAAUUUUACAAGAAA